CGUCGCUGUUUCCGUCGAUGGAUCCCUACGGCGCUGGAUCUUCGUCUCUUCGUCGUCCAAUACACGAUUUAGAGUACCGGCAGGUGGGAGGGACAGACGACGAUGAGGAGAUUCAGGUGGUAGACGACCUCUCGCAGAUGGAGUGGGUGAACACGUUCUUCUCUUCUGCACCGACGCAGGAGGUCGUCGGCACUUCACAGCUGGGGGGUGCCCCACUCGCGACGCAGGACUACAGUCAGGUGGAACAGACGCCUGUUCCUGAGCAGGGUCGUCGGUCCACUCGCCAGACCAUCCCGCCGGAGCCACUGACGUACUCAUAGCACCACACUAGGGCGGGCCAGGCUGCAGAGCGACGUGGCAGGAGGAGAGGGGGCAAGCGCGGACGCAUCU